CUAUUGGAGGCGCUCCCACAACCCUUUGCGGUGGUUCAAGAUGACGGCGCCCAGAGGUUCCACGAGCAACGUGGAGAGCAGCAGCGGCAGCAGUGACGCCGAGGAGCUGGCGCGGUGCCGCGCGGCGGCGGUGCCGGCCUGGGGCCUGGAGCAGCGCCCGGAGGCGCCGGAGAAGCGAAGAGCCGAUGCUACAAAUAAUCAGUUGCCAACUGCCCAGCCGAGCCUCAGGCAUAAGGUGGAUGAGCACGAACAAGAUGGCAAUGAGCUUCAGACCACCCCCGAAUUCCGGGCCUACGUGGCCAAGAAGCUGGGAGACCUGCUGGACAGCUCCAUUACCAUCUCAGAAGCUGUGAAGGAACCAGCAAAGGCUGAGGCACAGAAAGCCACCCCAGAGGAUGAUGGCUUCCGCCUCUUCUUCACCUCCGUCCCCGAAGGCCCCGAGGGGAAAGCUGCUCCCCGGCCCCGCCGCCGAAAGCGCCUGCCUUCCCGCUCCAGCAGUGAGGACAGUGAGGAGGAGUGGCAGCGGUGCCAGGAGGCAGCUGUGGCCGCCUCUGCCAUUCUGCGGGAGUCCGCCAUCCAUGGUCCUGUCCAGGUGGAGAAAGAAGCGAAGAAGAAGAAAGGGAAGUUGAAAAAGAAAGCCAGGAAGGAGGCCAGCACGGACUUGACCGCCGCCACCAUCACCGGCACGGCCACCGCCAGGAAGCAGGAAGAGGAGUCCGCCACGCUCCACGGAGACCUUGUGUCACCUGGGAGCAAAAAGAAGAAACGGAAGAAGAAGGCCAAGAAGGCCACUGAGGCUUCCCCACUCCCGCCAUCGAAGAGCGCAGCAGCCGCGCCUGCGCACUGACCAGGUGCCGGCGGGGCCCAACCGGCCCCAGGACGCGGUGCCCCCUGGGACGGGCAUUUCCCGGCGCUGCCGCCCUCCACGUCAGGGACUUGGCUGCACGUCCAGACUCUGCCCAUGACUGGGUUUGCCCACGAGUCGGGGAAAGCCUUGGUUGUGGAGUGAGAAGCCUGAGUAAGGCCGCCCUCCUGUGCUCCCUGGGCGCCGGGCAGACUGUGGAACCAGGACGUCUGUGGAGCCGUCCAGUCAGUCAAGGCUGACAGCCGAGUGGUGGCGCUCCCAUCUCCCCAGGGCUGUCAGGGAGGUGCGUGAGGGGAGACCGCACCCCAUCCUCAGCCUGCUGUGGGAGACAGCCUGAAGAAAAUGCGGGAAGAGGUCCUUGAGGUGUCAAUGCCCAAAGUGCCAUGUAGACUGGAUAGAACUGUCUGAGAAAGGAGAGAUCUCCCUCCUCAUUUUCCAGAACUUUCUACAUUUGGGAACAUAACCACACACGAUCAUCUCCCAACCAGAUUGUGGAAAAGUAAGGGUCAGACCCAGCACGUAACUAAGUGAUGGGGUGCUGCCUCCAGCAGUGCUGAAUCCUGAUGAGACAUUUUAAAUCGGCACCAUAGGAGGGUCCCUGCCCGGCCGCGGCUUAUGGGCGUGUCACGGGCCUGGUGGACUGGCUUCGCUGGGCUUCGUGCACGAGGCCUAUUCAAGGAGCAGAAGGCCAAGGUGAAGGUAACAUUCUGGCAUCGUAGAUUCAGCAGAGCAAGAACGACAGGUGGCCCCUGAGAGUCUGUGUGUGCUGGACCCCUCUCUCCUCCGGCCCCUGGCCCACCUCCGCCCCUCUGCCUGCCCAACCCCAUCUGGGCAAUGAAGGACAAGUAAGGAGUUUCCAGUACGUUCCUCGUUUACUUUAUUAAAAGUUAAAUAAUGUA